CAGCAAUGGAAACACAAUGCCUCUCGAAGCGCGAAGCUCAUCGUUGGCGAGCGAGCUUGUAGCUCGCUUUUUGCGCACGCACAAUUACACGGAAACACUCGAUGUCUUUCUCCGUGAGGCAGGAUUGCCGGCCACCGCGGGGCAGUCCCGCAGGGGGGAGGAUGACUCCUGGACCAUCGAAGGCGUGCUCGCCGAGAAACGAGCGUUCGACAAGAGCGUGAACUUUGAACGGUACAAUGAAAGCGACAAAGAGAAGGAUUUCUGGAGUGAACCAGCACCGUCCAGCCCCACGGUAAUCCAGACGCCAACAUCGUCCAAUCUGCUGUGCUGCUCUGUAGAAAGAUGGCAACAUGGCGAUGAGAGCGAGCAGCAGCCCGAGGCCCUCCUCGUUGCCACGGGCGCAGAUAAACAGCUUCAUCUCUUCGAGACCUCUACGGGGAAUGAGCUCGUACGGUCCUCCUCCACAUCCGAGUCACCCAUCCUGUCCUACACCCUGAUCCGACAGGGCAAAUUAGUGUUCCUGACCAACAUGUCGGGCCAGCUGCUCCUCCAGCGCGGGAGCAACGUCGUCGACCGCAGGAAAGACCAUGCCAAAUACGCAGUCAAAGUGGUCGCUCACGAGGCAGACGAGGCAGUCUGGAUCGCUACCGCCGGCUGGGACGCGAAGGUCUUUGUCUAUCGGCUCCGCAGCAGCCUGUUGAAUGGUGACAGCCCCGUAACCAUCGGCGAGCCGGUCGCGCAGAUCUCUCUGCCGACGAACCCGGAGUCGAUAGUCUUCGUCCGCCACGUUGACACCCAGGAGCUCCUGCUUCUCGUCUCGCGCAGGGACUCGACGUAUAUCUACUACUACCAGGUGGAGUCACGAGUAUCCACCACUACAGACACCCCGCCACAGCAGAGUAGGGAGUGUGUCCUUCUCGCUCAACAGAACUUGGCCCCUCACUCGAACGCCUGGGUCGCUUUCUCUCCUGCGUGCAUGGCCCUCAGUCCGCAUGACCCCGGCCUGAUUGCAAUCGCGACUUCGACGCUGCCGCACAUGAAGGUCAUGAUCGUGCGGCUACUGUUCCCUGCGACGGAGACUCAGAGUGUCGAUGUUGCGGGCGCAGGGGCCCCGGAGACGCAGGCCACGCAAGCGCUUGCAGCGCUGUCGCUGCAGAAUCGGGAAGAUGCUGCGAUCAUGGUUCAGGCGAACACUUUCGCGCCGCAGACGGCGUAUUCGACCCCGCAGAUUGUGUGGCGCCCGGAUGGCUCGGGCGUCUGGGUCAACGGGGAUGAUGGAGUUAUCAGGGGAUUGGAGGCAAAAUCGGGGAGGCUUGUCUCGGUCUUGAAGGAAGGCCACGAGCCGGGCUGUAAGAUCAGGGCCAUCUGGGCGGGGUGGGUUGAGCUUCCAGGGUCCAAAGGUGAAGUUGCCAGGGAGGAGUGGCUGGUUAGUGGGGGGUUCGAUAAGAGGCUUGUGGUCUGGAAAAUAGUGUAGUCGCUGCAUUCUACACUUCUGUGAAGUGAUUGAAUGGCCCAUAUCAGGUUUGAAAAU